UCAUAAACCACCAAUUAGGGUUUCCUCCUUAAAUCGCAAUAUAAAACCUCCAUUCUUUUCCUUGAACACUUUCAUUCUCUCGUCUUUCAUCUCCCAAGUAGAUACCCUAACAGGUUCAGGGAAGGAGGAGAUGGCUACUUUGCCUGGGCCAUUGAUAUGGGAGAUGGUGAAGAAAAACAACUCUUUUCUGGUGAAGCAGUUCGGGAGAGGAACUGCAGGUCUGCAGUUUAGCAAAGAGGGCAACAAUCUCUAUAAUCUCAACUCUUAUAAGCACUCUGGGUUGGCAAACAAGAAAACAGUCACUAUUCAACCGGGAAGUGAUAAAUCUGUACUCUUUGCGACAACUAAGACAAAGAAACAGAACAAACCUGCAGCGUUGCUUCACAAAUCUGUCCUGAAAAAAGAGUUCCACAGGAUGGCAAAGGCAGUGGUUAACCAGGUUGCAGAUAACCAUUACAGGCCAGAUCUGAAGAAGGCAGCUCUUGCAAGGUUGAGUGUUGUCCACAGGAGUCUCAAGGUUGCUAAGUCUGGUGUCAAGAAGAGAAACAGACAGGCUACUAGGAUCUCUGGCAGGAAGUGAGUUAGAGGAUUGACAUGUGUUUUUGUUUUCUUAGAAUGACUGGCGAAUGCCAUAAGUUUUCUUAUAUUUGAAUGUUUGCUAUUUAAAUUUCUUUUCGUAUGAUUUGAAGAUAUUUGUCUAGACUGUGAACUGAAGAGAUUGUUCUUUUAUGGGUUAAUCUGUUAGCAUUAUGGAUUUUAUUUCCUAA